CGCCCCGCCCCCAGCCAUCCUAGGCGGCCUGGGAGCUGCAGCCCGCAGCCUUGCGAUCCUCCAAGCCAUGGCGUGCGCCGGGCUGCUCGCUGUGUGCUUGCUCGGGCCACCUGCCCCCCAGCCACCGCGACACUCUGCGCCUGCCGCGGGACACGCGCUUUUCCAGGAUGUUUUCCGCAGAGCAGACAAGAAUGAUGAUGGUAAGCUCUCAUUUGAAGAGUUCCAGAAUUACUUUGCUGAUGGGGUUCUCAGCUCAGCCGAGCUUCGGGAACUGUUCCGCGGCAUCGAUGGGCAUCUCACCGACAAUUUAGAAACAGAGAAGCUGUGUGACUAUUUCUCCAAACACCUGGGUGUCUAUCGGCCUGUGCUGGCUGCACUGGAGUCACUGAACCGCGCUGUCCUUCUGGCCAUGGAUGCUACAAAGCUGGACUAUGAACAGGCCUCCAAGGUGGACCAGUUUGUCACCCGGUUCCUGCUGCGGGAAACUGUGAAUCAGCUACAAGCCCUGCAGAGCUCCCUAGAGGGGGCAUCGGACACCCUGGAGGCCCAGGCCCGAGGUCAGCGGUUGGAUGAAGAACAUGACAAAGUGCAGAGUAGGUGCCGUAACAGCCGGCGGGCAGGACGCAGAGCCCUGAGGAGCUUCAGUUGGUCACCAACCUGGUCUCCUGGAUCCUCUGAUACAGGGUGGAAUUCAGAAGCUGAGCUGCAGUGGCGGCUGCAGGUCAACCGCCUCCAGGAGCUCAUAGACCAGCUUGAGUGCAAGGCACCCCGGCUGGAACCCCUUCAUGAAGAGGACCUUGCCAAGGGUCCUGACUCGCACAUCCUUGUGGUGCAGAGGCAGGUACAAGUGGCAGAGGAUGCCCUGCAGGAUUUUCACCGUGCCCUGAACUGCUACAUGAACUUCACAGGGGCGCAGAGCCAUUGCUUGCAUGUGUCUGCCCAGAAGAUGCUAGACAAUGCUGCUUUUGCCCUAUAUGAGUUCUGGCAGGAUGAAGCCUCCUGGAGAAGGCACCAGCAGUCUCCCUGCAGCAAGGCCUUCCAGCGCACCCUCAUCGAUCACCUGCGGGCCCCGGAUACACUCACUACUGUGUUUUUCCCAGCCUCCUGGUGGAUUAUGAACAAUAACUGAGUCGGCUCUGCUUGAGCUGCAGCCCUGCCUGCCAUUCUAGAGCCUUCCGCACUGGUCAACUCUACAAUAAGACCAAGGAACCUGCCUGUUCCCAGGCUAAAAGCCUGAGCAGCUGGUACAGGGUCUCUGCCAGGAAUCAUGAGCUGGGCUGCUUGCUUUAUUUUACAGUUUAUAACCUUUAAGCACCUGGGCUUCUGCCUGACUCAGGAAGUCCAGAUUCUGGUCUCCCCUUUCCUUUCCCUUGCUGUGUGAUGCAGGCAGAUGCCUUCCCUCUCUGGCUGACUAGGGGUGUCCUCAUUUCUACCUGAUGCUUUGGGGUUAGAUUUCUGUUCUUCCUCAGCCAGAGUCAGAACCAGGGCUGAUGCUCAGGGACCCCCUCAAACCCUGGAACCUUGACCCCUGAGGCUAAGCCACUUCAGCCUGUAGUGUAGAGACCUGGGUGGGUGUCUAUCACCUUUCUGCGUCAGCCCUAGAAUUUCUAGCAUCAGUGGCUGUACUAGAAACCUCUGGGGGGUCCUGGUUUGGUUUGCAUGUCAUUUGCAUGUUCUCACCCCACUUGUUCUCAGGGCACUAGGGGAAGCCCCAAGAAAAACCUUGCAGAGUAGCAAUAAUUUGGGCCUAGAGUUGCCUGCUGCCCCCAGAGAUCUCUGAACCCCAGCCUGGGUACUCAGCACAGAGGCAAUAAAGUUGGUAGUCACUUGUGGUGUCGCCUCAGUCUGUCUGUGUCUCUCUCU